CACCCUCAAAGGCUAAUUCGGGCCACUCGGAUCUGUAUUCGCGCCAAGGUGCGCGAACGUGCUGCUCGCCGUCUGGCCGCCCCUUGGAGAUUUGCGGCGCACAGUCUUCGCCACCAGCGGCGAGCACGGGCCGCUUAGGCUUGGAGUCGGGAGCGCCGUCUGGUCCCUGGUGCGGCGGUCUGUGCAGUCCAGUCCAUGCUGCGAUGGCCAGCAGAGCGGUGCCGGCGCUGGCGGUGGGCGCAGGGCGUGGCGCGCGAAACGCCCGGCGCGCCUGAGCUGCGUCUGCGCCGCGCCGCCGCUCGUCAAGGGGUCACGCUGCCUCUGCUUCUUGCUGGCUGCGCAGCACCCGAGCAGCGCUGCGUUUAUGCUCGAUAUCUCGCUCUAGCUGUGCUUGUGCCAUCGCGCGCUGCUCGCAGCCGCAAAGGGCCCGUGCGGUGGCGACGAGUCGGGGCAUGACGAUCUCGCCGGAGGCUCGUGCACGCCGAGACAGCGGAAGAUCGAGCAGCGGAUG